AUGUGCCAGCAACACGAAAAACGCAUGUCAGGAAAAACCAUCGUCGCAACGUGUCCUUUUGGGCAUGGCAAAACAGCCGGAGUUUGCCCCGCAGGAUAUGGUAGAGCACCAGUCAAGAGAAUCUCGUUCACUUUAAACCUCACCCCCGAUGAUCCAUCCAUCCAGCAGCUGGAGAAACGGUCAUGGGAAGGAGAGGACGGCAACUCCUUGCUGCGUUUUGGACCUCAACCACACCAUGUCCUCUCCCCCACGAGUUGGGUCUGUCAAGGGGUCCGACUCGUCUCUUGCAUUGUGUCCCCCCCAGUGAAGGAUGUCUUGGAAGUCUCUUUCAGAGAUGACCAAAACCUCUAUGACACUGUCCAGAGAUUCCUUGCUCACGGCCCAGAAGAAUUCUUUGCCAAGGUGGCUCAGCCUGAUUUGGGCGGUGGAUUGGUACAAGUUUGUCUUGCAGGGUUCAAAUGGGUCUAUGUAGUGACCAACUCUGAUGUGGCAGACCAAGUUGUGGCCAGCAGAGACUGGGAUCGAGGUGAUUCCGUCUACGCCUUUGGCCGCAUGGUGGGGUCCCUGUUUGGGACACAAUCGGGCAAAGUUGCUCGAAAGGGCAAACGAACCUUCUUGGCUGCGGUGGGUUGCAAGGGUGAGAAUCUCAAGGUGAUAUCCAACACCGUGGACAGGGCUUUUGCCGAUCUGUAUGAUGCUAGUUGGACUCUGGGUGGUGUUGCCCGUAUGGAACGAAACCUGUACAAGUUUUGCAAUGAUACCGCCGUAGGAUCAGUGUGCCGAAUUCUCCUGGGAUCCGAAGAGGGGAAUUUCCAACCGGACAAUGCUCUGCAGGUGACCAUGCGAGCUGCCGAGAAUAUUGUCAUUGGUGGUACCGAUCUGAAGAGUGUGGUCUUUGGGCCAGAGAUCCGCUCCGAGUUUUGCGAGGCGCGUGAUGAUUUGCAUGGCCUCUUUCAUCAAAUCAUUGUUGACUACGCCCCUGAAAUUGCCAAGGGAAAGAGCUACGCGAAAGAGUGGGCGGUAGAUCAGCUCAGAGCCCAAGGGUUGGAGGAGAGUGACAUUACAGAGCAAGAGAUUGCACAAGAGCUUGCAGAGAAUCGAUCAGGGGUGGCCAGUGGUUUGGGGGCAUUGGCGGCUUUUGCCAGCUUUAAUGUUACCAGAUCGUUGUAUUUCCUUCUUCGAGUCCUGGAGGAACAACCAACUUUGCGGGCCUCUUUGGUGGCACAAGCCCAGACAGUUCCAAUGGAUGAACCACCAACAUAUGCCACCUGGAGUUCUGUGCCUCUGGUGACGGCUACUGUAGAAGCCGUGUUGGCCCAGCUUCUGCCCACCUGUGGAAUGCCCCGGGAAGCCAUGGUUUCUACAAAACUGAAAGUAGACGGCAAAACAGUGACAUUGCCCAAGGGCUCCUUGUUGGUGUUGAACUUUGCCUCCUAUCAAAAGGGACGACACAACAAUCAUGAACAGGCAAUGGACCCAGCGGAAUUGGAUGUUACCGAAUGGAUGGGCAAGAAUACUCCCAAGCAGUGGGCCUUUGGGCGUGGAGAUCGUGCCUGUCCCGCACAGCAUGUGGCUCGAGAUGUGCUUCGAGUGGUGCUGCUACGCUUGUGCCAAUCGGAUGUCUCUGUGGACAUCUCGAGGAAAGUUCCCUUUACGCAUGGAUGGGGUGGACACGGACCAUUGGAAGACAACCUCAAGAAUGAUCCCGUGAAAUUGGUCUUGACGAAGCAGCAACCUGCGGACGAUGAAGAAAUCUUUUAUGACUGUCAGAGUGCAUAA